AUGCAAAUAUAAUAAACGGCAAUGGCAAAGCUCGUUCUCCUUCUAUCUGCCUUCGCCGUCCUCCUCCUGGUGGCCAACGCCUCCAUUUACCGCCCCACAGUGCAGGUUGAUGGAUCCUCGAGCCGUGAGCAGAGUUGCCAACGGCAGAUCGAAGAGCAGGACCGGUUCAGGAACUGUCAAAGGUACGUGCUACAGGAGGUCCUGGGAGGUGGACGCGGGAACCAGAGACGGCAAAGCUUGAGGCAAUGCUGCCAGGAGUUGCGGGAAGUAGACAGAAGGUGCCGUUGUCAGGGAUUAGAGCAGAUGGUGGGGCACCAGCAGCAACAAGAACAACUCAGAGGUGAGGAGGUUGAGGAGCUGUAUGAAACAGCCAGUGAAUUGCCUUGCAUGUGCAACAUUUCGCCCAGCCAGGGCUGUCAGUUCCGUUGACCUUAUUAGAGAUGAGUGUUACUGGCAGAUGAAGUAGAAUAAAUAAAGUUAAACUACUCCGGCGUUUAAACUGGAGCAGCUAGUCAGCACAUUAUCGUGUGUGUUAAUGAGUUGAAGCAAUGUAAUCGAGUUUGAAUCAUUAAUAACAGUGUUGAUUUAUCUAAAAUCAUAUUAAUACUUGUUGGAGACUUAAA